AUGUUGCAAAAGGUUGUAUCUAACAACAAAGAUGCGAUGGAUAUUCUUUUUGAAGCUGCUCUUCGCGAAGAAUCACAACAAAAUACCGAGCAAAUCACCACUGCCCCUAUCCCCACUCUGGUUCCCCAACGCCUCACCAGGACCGACGCGCUGCAGAUGUGGAAUGCCUGCCGAUUUGUGAAAAUGGGAUGGUUUUCCGCUCACGAGGCGAUGACUCUGGUUGACCUUUUCUUCGCAAAUAUGAACCCUCUCUCGCCUAUCCUCACAGACUUCUUCGCCUCCCAUAAGAAUCACUUUUACCUUGUGACCCAAGAGCCCAUGCUCUGCUGUACAAUUCUCAUGAUAUCCUCGCGAUAUCAUACUCUUCGGGGCGUCGGUGGGUCUUCUCGGGCAUUCUUCAUACAUCACCGACUAUGGCAGCACUGCCAACACCUUCUGCUCCGGCUCACUCUGGGCCAAGAAAAGAAGUCGAAGGCUCGAACCCGUAAUAUCGGAAGCAUCGAGGCACUUCUUCUCAUGUCAGAGUGGCAUCCGCGAUCAUUGCAAUUUCCUCCAGAGACGGAUGGCUGGGAUUCAGACUUCAUCAUGACCCAUCUGGAUGCGCGGGACCCGCCAUUGACAGAUGAAGAAGUUCCAGUCUCUGCUCGAUGGAGAGAAGACGUAGUUGAGCCGACGAAGCGAUUUGAGCGCAUGUCGUGGAUGGUUCUGAGCUCGGCAUUGGCCCUUGCUCACGAGCUUGGCGCUUUUGAUCCCAGCACCAAAGUUCUCAAGCCUGAUGACCUUGUCGAGAUCGACGCUGAGAUGUACCUUGAUCAUCUUGAGCUACGGCGACAACGACUUCCAAGCCUACUGUUUGUAUACAUCAAUGUUCUGUCUUCGAGAAUUGGGUGUACUUCUCCGAUGCCUUACGAUACCAAUAUUUCCGUCCCUGUCUCAAGGUUGUUGUUGCAACAGAAAGAGGGCAGAGAGUGGAUUUCUUUCAUGAAUUCGUGGAUCGGAAUUACCAAGAUGUCAAGUUCAAUGAUGGGAGCAUUAUAUCCCCUGAUGAAUGCACCAAUGGUCCUUGACACAGCCGAUCAGUUCAUGUCUAUGGUGGAGGAGAAGCAGAUCUUGAUAGCAAAUUGGCGACAAGAAAACCUCAGCACUGCAACCCCCGGGACAACAUUUACGGAUAUCCUUUCCAUCGAGUAUCAAUACCUACGUGUUCUUGUGAACUCUAUCGGAAUGCAACUCGUGGUACAACGAGUUCUAACACGCGAUAAUCCACACGGUGAAACCACCAUUGACCACUCCUUCAUAGAAAGGACCAGACGACUUGACAUGACGGGGCGAGAGUACGGUUUCAUCGAAGAGGUAAUCGAUGGUAGCUGCCAGACACUAGAGAAAGUUGCCCUUCUCGGCGCCACUGGUGCAUUGCAUUAUUCGCCGAUGAGAAUUCUCUUCCGUACGAUUAGUUCCUCCAUCUUCCUGAUGAAGGCUCUUGCGCUUGGCGUGCGUAAUUCAAAACUUCAAGAGGCUUUGCAGAUACUCGACAGGGCGAUUGCGGCCUUACAGGACAAUAACAAUCAAGACGACGCGCAUUUGCAAUCACAAUAUGCAGCUCUUCUCCAGACACAAGCAGCAAGACUAAGAAGGAGUCUUGUGUCGUCGAAUCCACCGAUCAUCCACUCAAGGACUCUUCAUGAUGGUUUCCUUGCACCUGCGGUACCGUCCGCAGGUGAAGGGGAUCUUGUGGCCGGUCUUGAUCUGGAAAGUCUUUCUAGCUUCGACAUGAAUGACUGGCUGUCCCUGCCAUUUGAUCCAUCAAUGGCACCUUUCGCUCCAUGCGAGGGUGAGCUUGGUGUUCGGUUGGAUGGUGUUGACUUGGACUUGGAUUUUAUUUGGCAGUUGCCACCAUAG